AUGGCUAAAAUAUCAUCUUCCAGAAGAAGAAAACAACCCCCAGAAGGCUAUAGUAAGAUAGAGCCUACUUUAGCCAAGCUCUUAGCAAAAUCCAGAGAAGCACAAACCAAAUCCAUCAAAACUGAAAAUAAAAACCAAGCAUUAUGGCCCAUAAUACAAGUCAACCAUCAAAUAAAUAGGUACAUAUACAGCUUGUAUUACGAACGAGAGCUGAUAUCGGAAGAAUUAUAUAAUUGGUUGCUACAACAGAAAUAUGCUAACAAGAAUCUUAUAGCUAAGUGGAAGAAACAAGGUUACGAAAAGUUAUGUUGUUUGAAUUGCAUAAUGACCAGCGAAAAGAACCACGGUACCACAUGCAUAUGUCGAGUUCCUAAGACGACAUUGGUUAAAAAUGACCGCUCUGAAAGAGUUGAGUGCAUUACAUGCGGAUGCAAAGGAUGUGCUAGUACAGAUUAA